AUGGAGGACGUGGAAGACGUUUUUAUCGCACCAGCAAAAAAACUUAACUCGAACCAGCUGGAAAUUGUCAAUUUUCACAGGAAACUGACAGAAUUUUGGCAAAGUAACUCGCAAUAUAAAUCAAGAAUAACACCGAAGCAUCCAUUUAGAAACAAGGAGCACUUUGGAUACUCUCCACCUCUGAACGAAGAUUUCGACGCGGAAUUGGAGUCGUUUCUGAAGAACAGAGACUCGACGCUGAUCCCAAAGGAGUUGAUGUACACGAACAAGGUGGAAUUUUUUAACCGCCAGGUGGACAGUAAGUCGCUGCGACAGAAACUGACGUCGAAGUUGAUUAACAUGGAAAGGAAGGAGAGUGAGCUGAAGACGGACGAAAGCGACCACGAGAUGAAGAGGAAGAGCGAAAUGGAGAACUCGUUCAACGAGUCGGAGGAAGUAGUGGGAGACUACAAGUACUCCUUCUGCGAAGAAGAGGAACUAGAUAACGAGAACGAAUACAACUACUAG